CUGACGUCGAUCAGCCGAUUGGGCUGGGUUCGUGGCUGAGCCCCGGUUUUGUCGUCACUCAUUGUCCAACUUGCUCGUGCCAACCAACACCGUUACCUUUUGCACCUCCCAAGCAUUCUCCUCCAGCGCGUUUGACGACCUCGGCGUCCGGAUACCGAACCAUUUAUACCGAACAAUCCAAGUUUGCAAUUAUUAGUCUGCCAAGAUGUCGUGGGCGGGGUUCAAGAAGAAUGUGAACCGCGCGACGACGCAGGUGAUGAUGAAGACGGGGCACGUGGAGAAGACGAACGACCGAGAUUAUGAAGUUGAGGAGAGACGAUUUAAGACAAUGGAAGCGGCAUCGCUGCGACUGCAGAAAGAGUCGAAGGGUUACCUGGACUCGCUAAGAGCUAUGACGGCAUCGCAAAUGCGAAUCGCGGAAACAAUAGACGCAUUUUACGGUGACGCGGGCGCCAAGGACGGUGUUAGCAGAAGCUACAAACAAGCGGUGGAGGAUCUGGAUGCCGAGACCAUCAAAGCCCUGGACGGCCCCUACCGAACGACCGUCCUCGACCCAAUCGGUCGUUUCUGCGCCUACUUCCCCGACGUCAACGAGUGCGUCAAGAAGCGCUCCCACAAGCUCCUGGACUACGAUGCCCUUCGCGCAAAGGUCAAGCGCCUUGUCGACAAGCCCGACAAGGAUGCCACGAAGCUCCCACGUACCGAGAAGGAGAUGGAGAUGGCUAAGGCCGCGUACGAGCAGCUGAAUGAGCAGCUCAGCACUGAGUUGCCGCAACUCAUUGACCUCCGCGUGCCGUACCUCGACCCUAGCUUCGAGGCGCUCGUCAAGAUUCAGUUGCGAUUCUGCGCGGAAGCGUACUCGCGCAUGGCGCAGGUCCAGCAGUACCUGGAUGCAGACACUAGAGAUCAGUACGCCGAAGGACAACUGGACGCCAGGGUAGAGGAGGUACUGCAGGAGAUUCGGGAGUUGAGUAUCAGCGGCACGGUGUAGACUGGAGGAAGCUUGAGCGUCUAAUUUGAAACACUUGGGAAUGGCGUACGGAAAGGGUGCUAGCUGCUCUUGCAGACAUUUGGUAUCGCGUUGACGAAUACACGAAUAGACAACCUGUUUGCUUGACUUUCUAUCUUGGAAAGUCGGAUUAGAGUUGAACCAACGAUACUAAUUCUUGGGGGUCGUGUGCCAUG